UGGAUGUGCAAAUGCUCUGAGAGCCGCGCAGGUGGCCCCAGGCAGUUUUGAGGUCUGGGCGGAGCGAGGAGCUGGAAAGCGUAGCUAGGCUGACUGGCUGGCUGGCGGACUGGCGGGCGGGUGGGCAGGCAGGGAAGCAGGGCUGCCUCUUCCCUGUCUUUUCUUUAUUUUUUCUUUCUAGCUUUCUCUCUUUAAAAAAACCCACUCCUGGUGCUGCUGCUGCUGUCGAGGCCAAAGGCGAUCAAGAAGACAGCCCCCGUUCCCUUGGAGCAAGCUUGCCUUGGAUCAGCUGUAACUUCACCAAGGAAGAUCCACACAUUUUUUUCUAAAAAAAUUAAAUUAAUUCUAAAGACUGAUUUGGGAUUCCCUCCUCCUCUUCCACCUGCUCCGUUUUAGUUCCAACUGACAAAUACCAUCACCGAGAAAGCGGCUCAGAGAGAAAGAGAGAGAGAGAAUGGCUCGACCUCUUCCUCUGAACCCAACUUUCCUACCUCCAACUUACGGGGUGCUGAAAUCUCUGCUGGAAAACCCGCUCAAGCUACCGCUGCAUCACGAAGACGCUUUUUAUAAAGACAAAGACAAAGAAAAAAAGCUGGAUGACGACAAUACCAGUGCCACUGUCCCACAGUCUGCUUUCCUGGGCCCUACAUUAUGGGACAAGACGCUUCCAUACGAUGGCGAUACUUUCCAAUUGGAAUACAUGGACCUGGAAGAGUUUCUCUCAGAGAACGGCAUUCCGCCCAGCCCAGCCCAGCAUGAGCACAGCCCUCACCCACCAGCUCUUCAGCAACCUACCUCAGCAACACCUUCUGUCAUGGACCUCAGCAGCAGAGCAUCCACAUCGGUCCACCCAGCCAUGGUUUCUCAGAACUGCAUGCCAAGCCCAGUCAGGCCAGGUCAGAUCUUGCCCACAAACCGAAACACGCCAAGUCCAAUUGAUCCAGAGACCAUUCAGGUUCCAGUGGGGUAUGAACCGGACCCCUCUGAUCUCGCUCUUUCCAGCAUUCCGGGUCAGGAGAUGUUUGAUCCUCGCAAACGAAAGUUCUCCGAGGAAGAGCUCAAGCCACAGCCAAUGAUUAAAAAAGCCCGCAAAGUCUUCAUUCCAGAGGAUCUGAAGGAUGACAAAUAUUGGGCGAGGCGCAGAAAGAACAACAUGGCCGCCAAGCGAUCCAGAGAUGCCCGGAGGCUGAAGGAGAACCAGAUCGCCAUCCGCGCCUCGUUCCUGGAGAAGGAGAACACAGCACUGCGCCAGGAGGUGGCAGACCUACGGAAAGAGCUAGGGAAGUGCAAGAACGUCCUGGCCAAGUACGAAGCCCGGCACGGCCCUCUGUAAAGGGCAUUUCCCCUCCUUUCUGUUCCCCCCUUUUUGUGGGUUGGCAUUUGAAGAGAUGGGCAGCGUGUGUCCUGCUUGAUAGCCCCACACCCAAACCAACCUUUCAGUCAUCAGCACUUUACCGGAAAGCAGAAACAAAUUCAAUGUACAACUUCUGUGUGCACGCGUGUGCGUGCGCGUGUGCAUGUGCACGCGUGCACGGGCGUGUCUGUGUGUGAGUGUGCAUGUGCAUCUCGGCACUUCCUAUUUUUAUGAAACCCUCUCCGCUGGGUGACGUAUUUUCACUUGGGGUGCUGAGAUCUGCCAUAAGUAAGCUUUUUAUUAAAUAUAUAUGUGUGUGUGUGUGUAUGUAUAUAUUUUUUCCAGUGCUGCUUCAAACUAGGUAUUUUUAUCUUAUCCUUUACCUUACUCUUGAUUUAACUUGGAAAAAAGACAAAAAGGAAUCCCAGACUAAAUAGAGGAGAAAAGAAAGUGGGGGGAAUCUCUUUUCAAACUCUUGUUUAAGUAGUCCUAAUCAAACCAUUUUAACUCGCUACUAAAGAUGCACAAAUGACAUUGUUAAAUGCUGCACUGCAGAAAUAUUAAGUUAUAGAUUUUCUUCCUUUCUUUUUGUUUUGUUGUUGUGUUCUUAACCUUUGGUAAUAAAAUAUAUCUUCAGAUAUACGGUGCGGUCAAUAGUUCUCCGCCUGUGGUCAAUAGUUCCCCCUAAGGAACCGUUAAGUUUCCUUUUAGCUGCUGUAAAACAGAAAUAAGUUUAUAAAAGUGCUACAGUUAGAUCACAGUGUAUAUUUUUAAUUUUUUUUUCUUUUUGCACCCUCUGAACCUAAGCAAUCGCCCUGUUGCCCGCUUGGACAUGUUAUCUGCAGUGUUCCUGGUGGACAUAGGAUGACUGCCCUACCUAAUAAGAUAACAUGCACGGUUGCUUCUGCAACAGAAAUGGUAAAUACUUACUGAUCAGCUACUACAAGGAUUUCUGAAAUGGGCGAAAGCCAUGAACCAGAGAUCCUUGCAUGGCCAGUCCAAGCUUAGGUGAAUUGAAAUUUAGCUUCCCCCUUCUGACUUCCCUCUUUUGCUUUAUGACCUACUCAAAUUAUCAGGAGCUGAUAAGGAUGCUAUUUUCUUAUUUGCAUUUUUAAUCUUCUACAACUGUGGCCUGGUUGGCAUGUAAUCAGCAACCUAGAAUAUGGGUUCCCAUUUAAUCAUGGGUUGUCUCUGAAUCAUGGAUUGUAGUGCAAACACUGCACUGUUGUUCAACAACCCAAGAAAAACCCAUAAUGUGUUGCUAGCUUAUGAACUAGCGACGACAGCCUAGAGUAAUUACUCCAGCCUGGUUAGCAGCCUGGAGUAAUUCUCGCCACGCUACAACAGCAACCCAUACUCAGCUUGUACUCUGGGAUGUUGUUACAUCCGUUACAUUUUUUGCACCUCCGGGAGUCAAUGGAGAUCUGAAAACUCUCAGCCGCAUCUCCUGGAAUUCAGGGGAUUUAAACUCAGCCAGUGAUCUGCUAUGCUGUGUCUUUGGACCACCUCCCAUAGGACAGGCGGCCCUUGCAUUUUGGCUGCCUGAUUUAGCCAUGAUGGUCAGGCUGGCUCUGGGAGCACAUUCUGCAACUGUGUAUGUGGAUAUCCAUCCCUUUCCCUCUGCUAGGUAUACGAUUGGUCUAGACUGAACACCUGUUAGCGGGAAGAGGGCACGGUGGCACAUGGAUGUGGUCCUCUGCCCAGUCGAACACUCGUGAUGUUUAAGGUAGACCGAUGGCUCUUGCUAGAAUGUGUGUAUGGAAAACUCAAGAUAAUUCAUUGGAGAGAGAGAAAAAAAUGAAAUCUUUAAAAUAACCAUUGGCUUUGGAGUGCUGGGUUUUUUUUAAAUAUAUAUUCUUAUUGAUGUUUGCAUUUCUCAAGGUCCUGUUUUUGUGCGUAAAGAUUUUAAAUGCAGCUUUUUAUUCAGUUUUUUUCUGUAAUAUAUUUUCUGUGGAAUUCUCCCUUGAUUUUUUCACAGAUGGUUCUGACUCAGAAGUCAUUUUAGCAAAUCCUGCUUUUUCUUGAGAUGUUGUUUUGAUUGUAUAAUGAAGCUGAUGGUUCUCAAACUUUCUCCAGUUGUUUUUCGCUUUGAUUUGCUUUCCAAACUUGUGUCAUGUUAUAGAAUGAACUUUUGGGGGGUGGGAUGAGGGCAAAAAUGAAUGUAAAAGAUGCAGGUUUAUAUUGAAAGGUGAUGGUGUUGUCAUACUGUGGUUAAUCCAAUCCAUUUAAAUGUUUUCUGAAGACCAAAUGAAAUUAUUAUAAAAUGUAUAAAGUUUAUACGGAAUCAUUAGAGUGUGCUCUUUUUUGUACAGUAUUUUUCAAGGACAAAUGCUGACUAUGUAUUCCAGGAGAGAGAAAGAGCAUUAUGUAUAGCAUAUGUUAAGGAAAGAGGAGGGGUGGGGGAAGGAAAAUACAGGGAUUGCAUAUUUAAAAAUAAAGCAAAGAUAUAUUUCUUUAUAUAUUCAUAAAUAUGGUACAGGGAGGAAAUGCUUUGGGGUGCUUUUUUCCUUUGAAAACUCUAUUUUAUGCUUACCACUGAAACAUUAGGAUGGUUUUGUGCUUUAAGUCAGGGUGCAGCCCAUCUCUCUGCAAGGUCCACUAGUCGUGUGUCCGGCUCGGCAGAAUGCGCUCUGUUUCCUUGGUUAGCUCCCUGCUCUCCUUAGCGUGUCCCGCCUCAGCACAUGUGCAGAGCACAGAAAGCAUGCGAGAAGGCCGUAACCGCGUGGAGACAGGCAGUGUGACAGCACCCUCUUCUAAAGGAGGCUGGAGCGACUCACUUCGUGCAGGCAGAAGCCACCAGCUGUUUGUUGACCAGGACGCCAACAGACCAAACAGGAAAAUGAGAGUACAAGGCCAGAGCAGGUUGAGCUAGGCUAGCAUAGUGUAGUGAAGACUUAACAUUUAACCUGAUCUUUUCACAGUAUUACAGGGAGAUACGUACUUACCUGUCUUUGCUGAUGGCAGGGCACUGCAAUGCGUCGAAGGGAAUGUAGCUCUCUGAAGCUCCAUGCAGUCCCUCCGUGCAGAGGCGACUGUGUCCAAGUGGGGUAGACAGUGGCCAAAAUAUUUUAUGAAAGUGAAACAGUUUGCCAGGGUCCUUAGUAUUUCCAAAUCUUUCCUUUAAAAAUGCAGUGAAUUUAUUUUGCUAUGAACAGAAUAAAUGAUGUGCACUGUGAUGUUUGUGAUAGGGGUUGACGCACAGCUGGGUUGAGGACGAUGGUACUGAUUCGCUGCUACGGCAAGGAAUAAGCUUUUAAGGGCAGGGUUCAUAAAACAGUGGUUUGUGCAGAAUGCGGUGGACCUCUCUAAGGGAGCUUGGGCUGUGGAGGCCUGAGUGCCUCCCUCUCCCCACCCAAAGGAUGUCACAUUCACACAGUCAAUAGUCAGUGCAGUAUAGUAGGCCAAGGGUAGGCAACUGGAGCCAGCAGAUGAUUUGGAUAAACACCCAUCAUCCCUGACCAUGGGCCUUGCUAGCUGGAGCCCAUGCAAGCUGUAGUCCAAACCACCUGGAAGGGACCAGGUUGGUUACCUGCAUAGCAGAGCAUAGGAUGAAUGCUUUGAGAAGGAUCCAUAGGCAUCGGGGUCAUCUCACACAUACACAAAGGCAAAAGGCUGGCCACCAAGAGACUGCUCAGCAGGGAGCCACAUCGAAUCAUAAGCCUGUUUGUCACAUUCACACGUGACCCUUUCAGCAGUAAGCUGUAACCUCCUCCAGAUGUUCCCCUAAAAUGUAAUUUGGGUUUCGGUUGCACUGUAUUCCCACGGAAGUCACCCGAGCUCAAGGCACAUGGACCUUUUUCUUAAUGUGUACACCCGUAUCACCCCUUUCUGUCAGGAUUCCAUGGAAGACACUGCCUUUGCACGUUCACUCUAUUCCUUUUGUGCUGGAGACUUGGGACUUUUCCUUGCCCACCCCUGCAAGUUGGCACACCGCCUGGUGAACUAGCUGUGCUCUUCUGCCUUUGUGCCCUUUGAGCAGCCUGCCCAGAAUUAACUAUCACUCUCUCUGUGUGUGUGUGUGUGUGUGUGUGUUGCACAUCUGGAAAUUAUGGUGCUACUUGCCUUCCUAGAUGCAAAUGUUUUUGCAUUCCACAAAAAUGGCUUGACCUGAAGAUUUAGACAAAAUUGCCUAAUUCAGAUUGAGGCAAUUCUGUUUGCCAUGCUCCCGGGUUUUACCAUCUUGAACAUUUAUCCAAAAUGUUGUAAUUGUAUUAUUGGACCUAAAUUUCUGUGGACCGUUAGCUAAUUGGAUUUAAUACACUGAAGAUAUCUAGCCAGAACUGCAACCCCCCAAGCAGUUAAAAAGUAGGAGUAUAUGGUAUAUAUUGUAUUUAAUAAAAAAUACUUAGAUGGCACUUAAUGUAUAAUUUCCACUGAGUGUAAAACAAAAGUAAUCCACAUACAGUUUAGCACAACUAAGUACCAGGGACACUAGUGGGAGAGGUUCUGUGAGGACCUCCCUUCUGUUAAAAUCAGUGAGAUCAAAGACAGUCCAAUGCACAUUUCAGCAGACAAAAAUCCUACAACUCUCAGUAUGUGCCAGUGAGGAUAUUUCUCUCUCUAAACAUGCAUAGAAUUGUACCCUAAGAGUGCAACCCUGUACGUAUCUACUCAGAUGUAAGCCCUAUUGCAUUUAGUGGGACUUACUCCCAGGUAAGAGGAUUGCAGCCUUAAAAGUGCUUUAUUUGCACUUAUGCCCAGGGUUUUAAGAAAUGCCUUUCCUUUUCUAUGCUUUUCAAUAUAGUGGACACAUUAUUAGCAGCAAAUACUGCAUUUUGAAAUACCUGUGAAUGUACACAAUCCUAUCAUCUGGUAAUUGUGACGUGCUGUUUGAGUAUGACUGCAGACACAGGUCUCAUGUUUACAAUGAGUAUUCUGAGUGUCACAAGUAAUAGGAAUGAGCAAACAUGCACUGUUUGAGUUUGUUGAGGUCACCCAAAUUCUUCCUUGGAAUUUAUUCUGACUCCUAGGAAAAUAAUUCCUUGGAGCCCAAGACAUGACUGUUUCACCAAACUUAUUCUGAAUUGUAAAGCUGGGUGAAUGAAGGGGUCCCCCCACCCCAGUCCAUCCUUAGCUGGUAGAUUUCAGUGAUGUAUUUUGAGCAGCCUUAACAAUUCACCUUGAUCAGGAAUUCCACGCAGGCGAAUACAUGUACGCCAGUGGCAGACCCAGGCAACUGCUUCAGACAGUGGAUUUGGGUGUUAUGAAAAGUAUGGUGCUGGUUAUGUAAUUUAUCUUGAUUGUCUUUUUUUCUCCCAGGAAGCAGCACUUGUCGGCUUGUCUAUUUUAGGAGCUGCAGUAACUAGCCCUAAGUGUUACAUGCCUAGACUUGGGAAGUGAGGGCAUUGGCUGUUGUGCUUCAGGUGGAAAAAUAGCUCGGGCUGGCCCUGAUUUCAUGGAAUUCCAUGCAGGCAGGUGAGCAGGCUGCAGAGAGGGCGGAAGUUGCUCCAAUCCUCUGCCACUGCCGGUCUGUUUGAUUUCCACACUGGCCACAAGGAGGGAAGCGUUUAGCAGGAAAAAAGAGCUUAGCAACCCCCAUGGAAGCAAACGGAGUGGCAGAGCAGGGACAGAUCAUCCACGGGCCCAAUUGGCAGGUGUCUUUUUCCCCUCUUCUUUUACUAUUGUAAAGGCUCAGCAGCCUGUGUUUGGCCAGUAGACUGACCAGCAGAGAAAGACAGGCUAUUCGUCUGUUAAUAGGCUAGCAUUAUUAUUCUUGUUAGUAUUAGUAUUAGCUGGGGAUGGGUUUUGUUUUGUCUUGUAUGUGUGCGUAGGUAGUAACUUUCAUGGGUUUAGUCACAAGGCUGAUAGAGAGGCAUUGAGGAAAUGCAUUCUUGGUUGCUUAUUUUACUCCAAGGCCUGCAUGUUCCUUUGCAGGCACAAAGAUCUACCGUAGACCUUGUGCUCCUGGAUUCAGCAGUGCAUCUAAAAAGUUAAAUGUUUGAAAAAGCCACUGGUUGUUGGUAUGGUUCCAAGGUAUGAUUCUUAAUUUUCGAGGCAGGCCAGUUGCGCACAGUUACACCGUGUAAACAGUGGCAAAUUGGGGGAUGCCUCCUGUGUGGAAAAAACAGGUCACCAGAAAUCCCGAGGGGCUCUGUUCCAUGCUGCUCUAAGUUAAAUUCCAUUCCUUUUGGAAGGAGUGAUCUAAACAGAACUAAUCUGAAUACAACCCACAAUAUCUUAACCAGGUGCCCAUGUUCAGUCCAUAAGCCCUCAGAACCCAUUUCACUCGCUUGCCAGGAUCCUGUUUUGAUUCUCGGCAUGCUUGCCCGGUGGGGAGCUUCUUUAACGAGAGCGAACAAACCUAGUCAGGGAAGCAACUUACCUGUGAUUACGUUGCAAGGAGGACAGCUGCCGCAGGAGUUCCGGAUGCACAGCGAGCGAGGGCUGGGGCUGGACCAGUGAUUCAGAUCCUGCCCCAGGCCAUGGCACCCAGGAUAGCAACAGCUUGGGCAUCGCAGCCACCUAGACUUGCAUGGGCUGGAGGGCCGACCUGAGGCCCAUGGUGAGAGGAUAGGGCAGGCAUCUCUCUGGAAUCUCCCACAUUCCCCGAAAGCCCCAGCCAGGCCAGCUUGCCUGGGAAUGUUUCUGGUUGUGACUCCUGGAACCAGCCGCUAGAAUGAACCCUUGAGCUAUGCCACAACAGGGGAACUUGGUGCCACCAGGUGUGGUUAGGCCCCAUCUCCCAUCAGCCCCAGCCAGCAUGGCCAGUGGUCAAGGAGAAUGGGAACUGCAAUCCAACCGCAUCACAAAAGGCACAAGUGUUCCCCUCCCAUUCCUGCCAAUGGCCAAUAGUCCAGGUUUAGUCUAGUGUCCUCAGUCGCCUGUCACUGUGGGCUCUGUUGAAGACCAUGCGCUUCUCCCUUCGAGGCAGCUGUGAUUUGAGGAACAAAAUGUAGCGUUAUCUUCUGAAGAAGUCUUCUCUGGGGGGUCCUCAGCCAUUACUCUCACCUGGAAGAGUGUGUGUGUGCACAUGCAUGUGUGUAGCUUCCAAAAAGGAUGAAUUGGGGGUGGCGGGGAGAUUAAAUUUUUUAAAAAGAGAAAGUAUGUAUUUUUUUCUCUCGCUCUCCUGUGAUCAAUCAUGGUAGUUCCGGCAACACCACAUGACUGCCUCUUGUUCGUAAGAGUUUAACAAAUCAGAUCAAAUUAAAUGUAUGUCAUGAAACAGAUUUGUAUUCUGUAUGCUUUUCAGCCCAGUUCUUUCUGUCUGUUAUUCUUUAAUGUUUAAUUAAAAAAAUAAGUUUUUUUUA